GUCAUUUUCGCGACAGACGAGUGGUUCGCUCCGGCUGCCAACCUGCUCAAGAGAGAGCCGCCACGGUUCAUCGCGUCUGCCUUCACGGAGUUCGGGAAGUGGAUGGACGGAUGGGAGACGAGAAGAAAACGGACACCUGGUCAGGACUGGUGCCUCGUCCAGCUGGGGGUCCCGGGGCGGGUCUACGGUGUCGACGUGGACACGUCCUUCUUCACCGGGAACCACUCGCCAUACGUCUCCAUCCAGGCCGCCUGUCUCGGUAAGGACCCUGUAAUAGGAAGGAACCACCCAACCAACCCUCACAUGUUAUGUCCCCUGUCCCCACCAGACAAUCCGCCCGACUUCACCGUGGACGGAGACCGAACCGGCAUGGCCGCGUCCCAGAGUCAGCUGGCUGCUGUUGCCAAGCUGGGCUCGGAGGCGUGGCCAGAGCUGGUGUGUGUGUCGCAGCUGAAGCCGGGGUACGCAGACUGCUGCCACAACUACUGGGGGGUCACCUACAAGCACAGGGUCACACACCUCCGCCUCAACAUGCACCCAG